AUGAUCUCCGGAGUUCCCCCUUCCCGGCCAGUGUCGGUCAAUUCGCCAGCCAGUGCGCUUGUUACAGUCCGAAGCGCAGGAGAAUCCAACGGCAGUGCAGGAAAUCUUUACCGAGAUAUUUAUGAAGACUGCGCCUCCAGCCCUAUCACUGCCAGUCAGGACCAAUCUCAUCUCCCCGCAAAAAUCUCCACAUCGACUAUCUCAGCCCUGGCACAGUCAGGAAUCCAAUUUGUGAACCUCCCAGUUGAGAUUCAUGAGAAUAUUCUGGAUCAUCUUCUUGGCAAAAGAGCCUCAGCUGGUGUUCAUACAUCAUAUGGUAAAUCCUCUGCUCAGAACUGGACCAAGGCUCUCCGUCAUCCGCGUCGAAAGGCCCUAUCCAACUUAGCCUUGACUUGCCGAAUGUGGACUGGACUUGUUCAAAGCCGCAUUUACCGCCAUAUCAGAAUUAAGGGCAGCAGAGCAGAAUUGGCCGACUGUGCACGGUGGUUCAACAAAAAUCAGCAUUUGAUUCCGUAUGUCUGCCACAUUGACAUUUGGGUUCCUAUCUGGGGAGAUCGGUCUCUAUGGCCUAACAUUCCUCGCUCGGAUGUGGAGCAAGAUGCUGCUCAAACAGCUGGACGUGUUGUACCAGUGCAGUUGACUCAUGGUCAUCAUCGGGGGGAAGACAUCCUUCGCUAUCACCGUGCAACCAACAACGCUACCUUGGAGGAAAUUUUUAGUCUUGUUCGGCGGUCUUUUCCCGCCGCGCGAGUCCUCACACUGGAGGGAGGCCACUGCAAGAACCCACCUAUGAUCCGACAUUUUCGUCAUGAUCACAGCAUAUACAGUAUGCAGGGUCUUGUCCACCGGCGCCUUCCUGUUCUGAAAAACAUACAAACAUUUGUCAUGCGAGGCGCCUGGAAUCUGAUGCGACAUUUUGACGACUGGCACAACAUUGAACGGGCAUUGCCAGCGUUGAGUGAAUGGCAUUGUGCUUGGACUCAACCACAUCUGAAUGCCUACUUUAUCAUGAUACACAUCCUGACCUACCCACCAGUUCGAAUCCGACACAUCAAUCUCAGUCUGGAGGGAUUUUACAACAACAAUAAUAGUUUGCUAACUGGGCUGACUGGACCUCGAAACUCACUUCCUCCGAUCUGCAGUCUGCUUGGUGAUACAGCUCCUCGUUUAGAGUCAUUUACCUACACUGGUCGAGUGUGUUGGUACUUCUUUGAGACAUUAAAGCAGCGGGCAAUGACAAUGGGCUCUUGUUCUCCGCUCAGAUCAAUGGAUAUUGUAGUCAAGGCAUGCUGUCAUGACCAGCGGGUGCAUACGUCGCAUCACUGGUCACAGGUGAGUCAGGGAUUAGGUGGAAUUACCAGCAUGGGAUUCAUUCGCGCAUUCGAAGCAAUGGUGAUCAAGGCAGUGGAGUGUCUCUCCGUACUCCCUGCCCUGGAGUACUUGAGGAUCCGUUUCAUCGACCUUGACUCAAGCUGUCCGCCUCUGAACCCUUAUUUUCAACUUCUGAACAACGAGUGCACAGGCCUGUGGAGUGAUGACAUCCUGGAAGCUUUGCGCAUCAACCGACCAUCGGCUUCAUUUGUCGAGCUUACUGAUGGGAUAUACGCGGAGUACGACGACCAGCAAAUUGUUGGCGCCUUGAUGCCCCGAGUUCGCCCCCUAGGUAUCCAAGUGAGUAUGUACAGCCUCAUUGCCGAUAACUCCAACCCUUACUAG